AGACAUGGAAGAAACCGGCACUCGGUGCGCCCCGCCGCCGCCCGCGGGCUCCCAGACCGGGGUUCCUCAAGCCAAUCUCUCCUCUAAUCCCCACAACUGCAGCGCCGAGGGCUACAUUUACCAGGACUCCAUCGCCCUGCCCUGGAAAGUACUACUGGUCGUGCUGCUGGCACUCAUCACCUUGGCCACCACGCUCUCCAAUGCUUUUGUGAUCGCCACUGUGUACCGGACCCGGAAGCUGCAUACCCCAGCCAACUACCUGAUCGCCUCCCUGGCGGUCACCGACCUGCUCGUAUCCAUCCUGGUGAUGCCCAUCAGCACCAUGUACACGGUCACCGGCCGCUGGACGCUGGGCCAGGUGGUCUGCGACUUCUGGCAGUCGUCGGACAUCACCUGUUGCACUGCUUCUAUCCUGCACCUCUGUGUCAUCGCCCUGGACCGCUACUGGGCCAUCACGGACGCCGUGGAAUACUCAGCUAAAAGGACUCCCAAGAGGGCCGCGGUCAUGAUCGCGCUGGUGUGGGUCUUCUCUAUCUCCAUCUCGCUGCCGCCCUUCUUCUGGCGUCAAGCCAAAGCCGAGGAAGAGGUGUCGGACUGCAUGGUGAACACCGACCACAUCCUCUAUACCGUUUACUCCACGGUGGGCGCUUUCUACUUCCCCACCCUGCUCCUCAUCGCCCUCUACGGCCGCAUCUAUGUGGAAGCCCGCUCCCGGAUUUUGAAACAGACGCCCAACAGGACCGGCAAGCGCCUGACCCGAGCCCAGCUGAUAACCGACUCCCCCGGGUCCACGUCCUCGGUCACCUCCGUUAACUCGCGGGCUCCCGAUGUGCCCAGCGAAUCCGGGUCCCCCGUGUACGUGAACCAAGUCAAAGUGCGAGUCUCCGACGCCCUGCUAGAGAAGAAGAAACUCAUGGCCGCUAGGGAGCGCAAAGCCACUAAGACCCUGGGGAUCAUACUGGGAGCCUUUAUUGUGUGCUGGCUGCCCUUCUUCAUCAUCUCCCUAGUGAUGCCUAUUUGCAAGGAUGCUUGCUGGUUCCACCUGGCCAUCUUUGACUUCUUCACGUGGCUGGGCUAUCUCAACUCCCUUAUCAACCCCAUCAUCUAUACCAUGUCCAAUGAGGACUUCAAACAAGCAUUCCAUAAACUGAUACGCUUUAAGUGCACAGGUUGACUUGUCAGUUGCAAUGAGGUAGCCUGAGCGGCCUUGGGGGACCAUGUUGGGUCUGGUUCCACAGGUAGGUCGACUCUUCUUUCACUGUUACUGGGUCGGAUUGAGACUCUGUCUUCUGGGCAAGGGCAGUGGAUCCUGAGAAGCCAGGACAGCCCUGAGAGAGAGCAAGAGCUCUGAGAGAACUGUUCACACUAAAGGUAGAGCUUUCCUGCAGGGGAAGGCUCACUUCAUCCCCUCAAACUCCAGGUCCAGCCCUGACCCUGCCGCAGCCAGUCACAGGGGAGGGUUGUAACUUUUUAAAAAUCAAUGAAGGAAGGGGGAUCCCCGCCCUGCUUUGGUAUCAUGGAUCAUGCCCUCUAGAACCAGUGGUACUUGUAGUUGUUGGAAGCCUGUCUGAGACAGAUCUACAUACAGCCUGGCAGUACUUGAACUAGACGCAUAAUACCCUUUGUUUUGGGGAGAACUUUUGUGUUACAGCCUCAUUUCAGAAGAGUUACUUUGGCACCCUUCAGUCUCCAGUUUUUGUUUAUUUAAACUUGGUUGGAGAAACUUGUGGAUUUGGUGCUUCAAACCUUACGUGUGGCUUGGAGGAUGCAGAGAAACCUUGAAGAGUUAACAGCAAAAUUCUGAUGUUAAUAUCUCUAUUUUUAUUAUAAUUGAA